AUGAAUCUUUCGCUCAUUGAUCCAUUUGUCCUGGCCCAGGAAUACCCAGAUACCCUGACAGAGAAACUCAGCAGCGGUCAUGCAACCUGUCUUCGUUUCAACCACACCGGCGACUACCUGGCAUCAGGUCGAGUGGAUGGCUCUGUGGUGAUCUUCGAUAUUGAAACAAACGGUGUUGCUCGCAAGCUCCAAGGCCACACCCGCCAGAUCCAAUCUCUCAGCUGGUCGCGAUGUGGUCGCUACCUCCUCACCUCAUCUCAGGACUGGAAGUGCAUCUUGUGGGACUUGGAAGAUGGUUCAAGAAUAAGGACCGUGCGAUUCGAGGCUCCAGUCUACAUUGCCGAGCUACACCCGUUCAACCAUCUUCUAUUUGUGGCUUCGCUUUUUGAAGACCAACCCGUUCUUGUCGAUAUUUCCCAAAGGACCCCAAUCAAGCGCAUUCUCCCCUCCGCCCCUCUCCGUCCCAAACCCACUGAUAGCGAAGAUGUCGACUCGGCAGCGGCAGCAAAGCAAGCUGCGCAAGAUUCGAAACACUCCACCUGCGUUACUAUAUUCUCGGCAUUCGGAAACCACAUCAUAUCCGGUACCUCGAAGGGAUGGAUCAACAUCAUCACAACCGAAACCUGCAGAACAAUCCACUCCUCACGGCUUUGCAACGGAGUUGUGAUCCUCCUCCGUCUUGCACGUAAUGGACGAGACCUGCUAGUGAACAGCUCGGACCGCGUCAUUCGCACCAUCAUAAUGCCAGACCUUUCCCAACUCGGUAUCGACCUCGAAGAAUCCAACAUCAAGCUGAACGUUGAACACAAAUUCCAGGAUGUGGUUAAUCGCCUAAGCUGGAACCAUGUGACCUUUUCAUCGACAGGCGAAUUCGUGACCGCGACAACCUACAUGGGCGCAGAUAUAUACGUUUGGGAACGCCGUUACGGAUCCAUCGUGAAGAUUCUCGAGGGUCCCCGAGAGGAACUCGGCGUGGUAGAAUGGCACCCCACACGGCCAAUGGUGGUAGCCUGUGGUCUGGAGAGCGGGUGCAUCUACACAUGGUCGAUCAUCAGUCCUCAGAAAUGGUCUGCUUUAGCGCCGGAUUUCGGUGAAGUGGAAGAGAACGUGGAAUACAUGGAGCGUGAAGAUGAAUUCGACAUCCACCCGGCUGAGCAGGUGCAUCAGCGCCGACUGGAUCUGGAAGAUGAAGAGCCCGAUGCCGUUACUGCUGACCCGACCAAGGCCAUGACGGAUGCAGAUCAUGCGGGAGCUUUCGGUGUCCCUGUUCUUCUGGACGUGUCGGACAGCGAAAGUGGAGAAGAUAUCGUCGCCGUCGGUCCUGGUAUUUUACGCCGACGGACACCCGGUGCAAGCCGCGAAGCAACGGAGGCCGACGUGGAAAAAGAGCCUCGUGCUAAUGGUACCUCCCGGAAGACAGGCCGAAACCGCCGGCGCUGA